GUAAAAUAGAUUUUUUGACAAUAAAACAGUAUUCUUGUAAAGUGUGGUGUUCUAUUCAAUUUUGAAACUGUUGUUUUUUUUGAAAAAGUCAAACGUUUGUGAAUCUUUUUUUGAUCAUGGACCCUCUAAAGAAAAAUGAAUGCAAUUCAACUGAAACAUUUUCACCUAAACCGCCUUUUUUGGAAAAUGUAUUACAGCAAGACAAUUGUUCCUUGCACAAAACAUUUCAAACGAAAUUUCAAGAACAAUUAAAUGAAAAAUCAACACCUUUUCCUUCAUGCCUUUAUAGUGUUGCACCCAAACAAGUUGAACGCUGGCGUCAGCUUGAUAAGAUUGAAGCUGUUCUCAAUGAUGCCAUACUUGUACAAAAAUCUCUUCUACAGAAAUCCUUAUCCCUUUUUGAUAACCCUUUACGACCCUCUCAGCUGAAACAAGAGGGUACCAAUCUAGGAACUCUUCGACUUUAUGUGUACAAUACUUUCUUUAAUCAAAAAAAUACACACAUGGAAUUGAAUAAUUUUUCUCCUUGUAGUACUGCUGACUGUGGACUCGCCAGAUGGGUGUUACAUAUACAAGGAACUCUUUUGAAUGUCGAUAGAAAUCAGUUGCAAGCAUCAGGGACUUUACUGCCUCGCAUGACAUCAUUUUUUGACCGAAUUAUGAUAACUCGUCAAACGGAAACGUUAAUUUGGGAUCGAACCAUUCAACCACCGCAGCCGCAGUGCGACUUUUUACAAGAAAAAAGCACCCGACCAUGCUCACAAAAAAGAACUGAAACAUUAUCGAAUAAGCAUAAGACGCCCAUUGUCUCAAAAGAAUGUGUGGUUAAUGAAAAUGCAACCGGUACGGCCUUGAACGACAGUGUGACAAGAAUACCAGAUCGCCAUUCCGAUGAAGAACUUGAAGUGUUAAUCAAUGCAUCGAUUAGUGAUCAAGUCACACGUUGUUUAGUCGAUUGUGAUGGUAUUGAAUUGAACCGGUGCGGAGAUGUGGAGGAAGACAUUCUUAUCACUUUAUUUCCUUCCUCGACGUCACGUCUUUUUUGUUAUUCUUCAGAACUGCAAGCUAUUACUAAUUUCCCAGUAGGAACUCUGUGUGAUGCAGUUCAUUCCAUCUGGCGUCGAUCUCGUAUUUCUUUACGUCACUGCACAAACUUAAAAACAUUUUGGUGCGACGAUCAAGUGAAAGCUGUCUUAAAGUGCUCUGAAAAUACUUAUGACAUUUACCAAUUGCCCCAACUUUUAGAACCCCAUUUAAAGCCUGUUGCACCGAUCGAAUUAAAGCAUACCAUCAAAUUAACGGGUGAUUAUAUCGAUAAUGAAAACGUUUACGAUAUUCAAGUCGACUUGUCUCAUUCCUUAUUAACGCCUGAACACGUUUCUGAUACGAGCUACUUGAAGAAUUUGUCGAGUGUCACGAUAACACCCGCAGUGUGUGAGAACACGGACAAGACAUUUUCAAAAGAACCCCAGGUUUCCUCAGAUAUGAAUCCAUGUACCAUGAAUGUUCCCACGGACACAAAGAUGGCGGAAAUCUGGUCUUCCUUGUUAAACGCAGUGAAGCGUCGUAAUCUGUUAUUACAAUUCGCUGAAAACCCCCACAAAUUUAUGCACCAUAUUUUAACACACCCUUAUGAGGAUACACAAGAAAGUUUUCUUGAAAUGUAUGAACUUGCUGAUACGAAAAAUGAGUAUUAUUCUCAGCCAUGGGUGGCUCACGCAGUUCAAAGUUAUUUGGAGAAUCGAAAGAAAAAUUUCGCAGAUGUUAUAAAUGACACCGUCGCAAUCCAACCAACUACCACUGGUUACGGAGAAGGCGUACGAGAAUGUGAUAAAAAAACUGAAGAAGCAUUUUUUUCUUUUCCACCUUCCACAACUAACGACACUGGAAAGAAAAAAUUUGAAACGACUACGCGUGUGCCCGUUUUCUCACAUGUUGAGAAUGCUAAUAGAAUGAAUCCUUACAAUUAUCCUGUCGUUUCAAAUCAGUUCAAUCGUUAUCUUCCACAAUUCAAUCCUUUUCUUCCUUCAAAUUAUCCGAUGCAGUUAGAUACAAUGAACCCUUUUUCAGUGUAUAAAUCACUACAAGGUUUCCCCAACCGAUUUAGGCCUACGGCGUACCCUCCACCGACUACUCUCUUCACUCCGAAUCCUUCUACUCUAUCACAUUUCACACAGUCUCAUGCACCACCUCUUUGAUCUUUUUCCACCUUGUCACUAAAAUCAUUAACAAUUCUGCAAAGAACUCACGAAUGUCAUUCCGAUGCAAAAAAAAGAGACCCACACGUGCAUCCUCUCAUUGAAAUACUGAUCUUUUUUUUUCUAAGAAUACUUUCAAAUCAGUGCAUUACUUUAACAAUUUUUUCAUAAAAAAUUAUUUGAUUAAAAAAAAAAAAAGGUUUUAAAAAUGAUCAAAUCUAAACUUUCUUUUCUUCCCUUAAAAAGUAACUAUGAAACCAAACUAACGACUUG